UUUUUUUAGAAAAAGCUUUUUCGUCUUAUUUCUUAUUAGGAAAUACUGUUGUGUUUUGCUUUUCUUGUUGUGUGCAUUAUGGAUUUCAGUCGUUGUUAUUGCUGUUUAACGUUUCCUUUGGUGCUUGAAACGGAGAAGUUGAUGAGUAGAAGAUUUGUUGGUCGUUCGUUCGCUUCCACUAUUCUUCAAAUGUUUAUGUGCUCUUUAAGUUUUGGGAGAACAAGAGACGAAGUAACGCUCUCAUGUUUCUCUGGAAUUGCUUCAAGAAUGAUCAACAUGUCAAUUCAAGAACGGUUAACAUGUUAGUUCAAGAAGAAGUAGUUUUCUAUAGGAAAGCACGGUUUCUUUCAUAAAAGGUGGCUCGGAAAAGAAAAUGACUUUCGGUGCUGGAAAUAGCAAAAGACGGAAGGUAUGCAGCUAAUAUUCUUAGCUGCUGGCUAGUCAUUCAUCAACUGAUGAGUAGUGCGUUAAUUUUGGAAGCAUGGCUGCGAUAGAAAUUUGUUCACUACUCAUUCGCUGGUCUACAGCAUGGUGAGGUUUCUUCACAUUGAUGUCUACAUGAUGGGAGUAGGUGCCAGCUACCAAACAUAGUGUUAACCGGUCCAUUUGCAGAAUAAGAAAGAAAAACCUCAAAUAUAUCCUUCUCCCCGUACAAGGGAGAGCCAUGGCCAAAAGUGAUGCAGAAAGUUGUUGCCCUGGAGAAAACGAACAGAACAAAGGUUGAAGCACAAGUUCACUUAGUGAGUGUAGUUCACUUGAGUUCAAUGCCAUGGAAGCAGAAGACAUUUUUGCAGAUGCACGAGAAUGUUUCUCUGACGAGGAUAAUUUCUCACGGUGCUGGAUGAGUACUGGUGCAGGGGCAACAGGAGAUGAUGGAUUAAACUUAGGGACAUGGGACUCAAACAAAAUGCUUGAAAGAAAGCUGUGUUUCCACCCCACAUUUUCUGAACCACGGUGCUCCUGCAAGACUGACACAACUGGUAACAACAAAAUCCAUGAAGAAACUCUUCUAAGGGAGUCCGCAGCAGUUCCAAGGGAGCACAAUGCUGGAGAGAAUUUGAGCACUUAUAACAAUAUGCAGAGAGCAGACGUUGGAGAACCUCAGGAAGCAUGCAUUCUGAAUCGGUUUGGGGCCGAACUUGGACAUCCAGGUCACAUGAAUUUCAGUAGCUCUGAAGAUUUUUCAGCAUAUCGUUGCCCGGCAUCAAAACAAGCUGCUGUAUUAGACAAUUUAAGAGUUACAGCCUAUCUAGGUAUCAUAUGCAAAGCUUCAAUAUCAUUUGAUUAUCCGGUUAAAUUGAAAACCAGGAUGGAAUUUCUCUUUGGUAGUUCACAGACAAAAAAGAAAAGGGUGAAAAAUGUCACUGAUGAGAACAACCAUAGCGUUCCAAACCCGAGAGUGGCUGAUCUAGGGAACGGCUAUGGCCUUCAGAAGAGUGUUACAAUUAGCCCAGUUGGUCAAUGGCUUAUGAACACCAUUAGUGGGAACGGCAAGGUACCUGACACUCUAAGAAGUCCACUGUUUAUUAACUUGACCGAUCAAGAUAAAAGUAUUACGCAAGACGGGUCAAGUUAUACUGAGACUAAAGAGGCCAGCUGCUCAGAUUGUGACAGCUCCUUCCCUGUUGGGCUUCAUGAUACCACAUUGCAUGCACGAUAUGUAGAAUCCAUGGGAGAUACUGGAUGUGAUUCAGAUACUACAACCAAACGGGAGUUUUCAGAUGACGUCUUCCUUUCAUGCUCGAGUUCUAAAACAACAGACUCAAAUCAGUCCAGUCUGACCACUUCCAGGGGAUUUCUUCAGUGCAUUUGGAAGGGUGGAAUCCCUCAUUUUGUCUUCUCCCUGGAUGAUCAGGAUAAGGUUUAUUUGGCUAAUCCAUGGAGGGUUGAGUCAUCAGAAGAUAAAGCUUUAGACUGGAUUUACCUAUUUCAUGUGAAAGUCAGUGGGCGGGAGAAGCAAAUCAAAGGUGGUAGCCGUGAUUCCGAGUUUGUUGGCAAAAUGAAAGUCUCAAGCUCUGUUUCACUUGAUUGUGAUAAUGCAAGCAAGUUUAUUGAGACAGAAUAUGUUUUAUUUAGUGUAAAUGGGGCACACAAUGAAGAGCUUAAGCAAGCGAUGGUAAGUUUGAAGCCAAUUCGUAAGAAGUCUAAGGGAAUGCAGAAGAUGGUAAUAGGGAUAUUUAGAACCCCACACUCAUCCAAGCAGCAACCUCAUAGUAAUUUGAUUCCUUCGAGCUCCAUUUAUGAUGAGUGUCCUCAAAUGCUUUUGUACAGAAGAACCAACUUCAGUAACAUGGCUGCAGAGAAGAUCUUGAUGGGUCAACUAAUACCCAACCUAGAGAUGGCAGCAAUGGUUGUGAAAGUCCGUACAGAUCAGAAUAGUAACCAGGAGACGGUCAUUGGAGGUUGGGGCCUGAAAUUUCUGAAGAAGAAAGAGGUAGACCCAGGCUUCUCUUCUAAUGGGAAUCGGUCUAAGGAUAAACUGAUCACUAAUAUGACCAUGCUUGUCCCUGAAGACUUUCAUGGUGGGCCACAUGGUGAACCGUCAACCCUUCUUGAGAGAUGGAGAUCUGGGGGGCACUGUGAUUGUGGUGGCUGGGAUGUUGGUUGCCCUAUCAAAGUACUUGAUGGCGGGCCAUGCAGUGAAGAAAGCUUUUCUCAUACUGAGCCUAAGGAAGCAUGCGGAUCGUUUGAUGUAUUUAUGAAGGGGACAAGAGAAAGUCUACCAGCCCUAAAAAUGGUGCGCGUCUGCGAAGGCUUGUACUGCGUUCACUUCCAAUCAACAUUGUCAGCUCUCCAAUCCUUCUCAACUGCGGUGGCUAUGAUCCACAGCCAGAGUCCACCUCUCUUCUUCAAGAUGUACAAUACCUGAGCAGACAAGGUCUGCCGAUCGACCCCUCUAAAUGAACUUUUGCGGCUUCCUUUCGAUUGAUGGAAUCUGCUGCAAAAAAUGUCGUUUUCACGGUUGGUCCUGCUCAAAUGACAAAAGGGUGGUCAAUAAUCACCAAGAAUCCAAUCUCGACCUCUUCCCUGCAGAAAUACAUCCUAAGCAGGGGGUUUCAUAAAAAGAAGUCUAAGAAUGACUGAAGCUUCCGUCAAUGGGGAGAUCAUCCUCAAACUAAUGAAGCACCAAAGACUUAUUGAGGUUCUGCUAUGACGCCUCCCGACAGCCAGAAGUCUAAUACAAUGUGUCAGCUAGGAGACAAAAGGUCAAUGAAGCAGCUCGUCUCGUCCACCAAAAUCGCGGAUGCUUUUCCAUCACCCGAAUACAAGUUCGGCUACGACUUGAUGAAUUGGUGAUGCUGAUGCAGGGAAUUCUUCAAUCGCUCAGUUCAACUACUUGUUCAUAUCCCUUCUUUUUGUCAUUUCAGUGAAGCAAUAAAUAAUCGAUAGAGAAAUGUUUAAAUAUUCAUUUUACAAGUAGCUUUCAAAUUCGAGUAAUUUUGGGUAUGGCUGGAUAUUGAAAUACGGAUGGGUCAAAAUCCGAUCUCAAAAUAUCAAAGUAGCCAUACAUAGUA